ACGAGGCUGAAUUCUAGUUCACAGUGACCACUUCAUUUCAAGAAGUUUCCAAGAGGCGGAUAGUAUACUCUACCAUCAUGAGAUUCAGGUUACGCCGAAUUUGCUCAUUUUUUGUGUUCAUAUUCCUGCCAGCUCAGCUGAUGGUUAUAAUUGGUGUUCAUUAUAUCAAUCGUAAAGAUGAGUCUCUUCCGCCAGCUGCUAACAAGGCAACCGAGCUCAAAAUCUCUGCCGAUGAGACGCCGGGAUUAGAGCACGGAGCGAUGGAGGUGUUCACUGAGCUGCAGAGAAAAUGGGAUACUAAGAAGGAUUUAGAUCUUGUGAGGGAUUUAGAUGACAAGGAGGAACGUGACGAAAACAACAAUGGUUUGAUGAAGCAACAUGAAAGAAAACUAUCACACAUUCUACGAGAAGGUACAAAAGAGAAGGAUAAUCACACAGUGCAUCUCCCUCCCCUCAUCAAAUCACAAACACCGAUCCUUAUCAACCAAACUAAAGCUGCUAUCGAUCAACUCAAGAAGUCACGUGAUCGUCUAUUCAGCGAUGCGAUUGGUCCAUCGAGUGACAGUCAGUGUAUGAUCCCUAACAUGGACACACCAGCACACACGUGUAGAGAGUAUAUACAAUGGAAAUGUAAAAUGGUCCCUACGUUUACUUCGUAUGAUCCAGUCAACAGAUUAAUCUCAGUCACGUGUAAAGGAAUGUUUCGAGUCAAUCAGGUCGAGAGAGUCGAGUCUGAAUACGCACUGUCACCUGAUAACUAUAGACAACCGCCAUUUUGGGAAUACUACGAAGGAGUCAAUAACAUCACCAUGGAAACAGAAUAUGCUGAUAUCGCCUGUAAAGAUAAAUUAUUUCAAGACGUUCACAAUUACCACACUCAAUUCCAACCUAGGCCUGGUAUCGACUGGCUCCAAGGGAAUGCUCUUAGGACGAUUCGUCUCAAAGAGCCACAGUGGAAACCGGUCUCUAUUCUUACUAUAGUUCUAGACUCAACUUCUCGGGCCCACUUUCACAGGAGAUGCGGAUUGCCCAAGACAGCUGCCUUGCUACGAAAGUAUUAUGAAGGAAUGACCUCAGGUUUAUCGCAUCAGUCGUUCAUGUUUAAUCGCUUUAAUGGCAUCAGUACUGCUACAGUGCUCAAUCUAACACCACUCUUCACAGGGCAGCUUUAUGAUCAUGUCGAUGAGGAGAAGAUCAGGCAAAAAAUCUACGGGAAAGAUAUCAAAGAAUGGAUGUGGCAGUAUGCGGAGUCCCGGGGGUAUCUAACAAGCUAUGGUGUCGAUAAUGGGAGCGGCAUGAUGGGUACAAGAACACAGUGUAAGGCGUGUUUAUACAGACCUCCAGUGUUACCUCAUAUUGAGCAUGGAUGGAAACGGAGAGAGAAUGAACGGGUUUCUACUACUACUCUAUCAGGGUUGUGUGAAGGCAACCACAUGAUACAUGAAUAUAUUCUCAAUUACACUAGAGAUUUUUUACGUCAUCCCCAUCCUGCUAAGUGGGCAGCGCUGGAUCUGAACGCAGGUCACAGAAGAGAGAUGGAAUCAGUCAACCAAGUCGACAAUGAAUUAUCCAAAGUCCUACAGACGCUGCUUGAUGAAGAUAAAAACCUUGUGGUGGUACUCCUAGGGGAUCACGGCAAACCAUUCCAGAAAGAUCCGUCUUAUAUUGGAAGUCAUUACGAAACACUCCUCCCGUUCUUGUCGGUUACCAUGCCAACGUGGAUGCUACGUCAGAGACCCGAUGUUUUCCGUAACCUGGCUAUUAACCAGCAAAGAUACCUUCCUUGGGAUCCAGGACUGCUCAGGACCCCCAUUGGAUAA